AUGGCCGAGUUUGUGACCGAGAACCCCAACAUCUUUGAAGAGUUGGGGAGAUAUCUGAAGAGGCAAGGCAAACAAAAGGUCGAGUCCUCCAAAAGGAAGUCAGAUGGGUCUCCUGAAGACUCAUCUGAGGAGGAGUCGGAUGGAAGGCGCUUAAGCCGAAGUGCCUUGAAGCGAGCAUUUUCUAAGGCCACCUCCAAGGUAGCCUCCCUGGCCAAGGCGUUUUCUCGAGGGCUCUUGGGGAGACGACCCGAAGAAGAAGCUCGGCCCUUGGGAAUACCCGGGGUGGACUGCAUGAGGGCUCCACCUUUCACAGAUGAUAUAAACGAGGAAAGGCUUCCUCCCAAUUUUAAGCUCCCCGCAGUACAAUCUUAUGACGGCCGAGGUGAUCCCGAAGAUCAUAUCCAUGCCUUCAUCUCGGCCUUCCGCCUAUAUUGCAUUCCAAACCCCGUUAUAUGCCGGGCCUUUCCGGUAUUCCUCCGAGGAACUGCUCGAAAAUGGUUCUGGGCUCUAGAACCUAAGAGCAUCUCGACUUUGGGGGAGUUAGUGGAGAAGUUUCUCCAUCGGUUCAUCUCCUCCCGACCUACGACCAGGACCUCGGCUUACCUGCUCACUGUGCAGCAAAAUCCGGGAGAGUCACUUCGGUCGUAUGUCCGGAGGUUCCACGAGAAAAGUGUGCAGAUACCUGACCCCAAUGAGCAGGUUGAAAAGGGGAUACAGGCUGAAGACCUCCACCGCAUGAAGAAAGAGUUCCAAGCCACCCGUCCAAGAGCUGAUCCCAGAAAGGGAAAAGACGCCAGCCGAACUGAAGCGGGGUCGGGAAGUGGCUUCCGAAGUCCUGGUCGAGACCGCCGCAGCGUGUUCGACAGGAUAUCCAAGGGGAAGACACAUAUCCCCGAGUCCGAGUUGACUCCUCUGAACACUACCCGAUCCCACGUGCUAUCCGUGAUGGAACAAAACAACCUUGGAAAGGCCCCACCGAGGAUGUUUGGAAGCAGAGACAAGAGGAACUCAAACCUCUACUGCUUGUAUCAUCGUGACAUCGGUCACGAAACUGAGGACUGCAACGACCUCAAGAAGGAGAUCGAGAACCUCAUUAGACGAGGGCAUUUGAAACAGUUCAUCCGCCGAGGUGGAGGCCAACAACGUGACGAGAACCGGCGUGACAAGCGAGGUGACCAACGCCGAGAUGAGAGGCGGACCUCCAGAAGCAGUUGCCGACCUCCUGAGGAUCACAGGGAGACGAAAAGGCCUCCCCCAGACGGAUCUUCAGGAUACUGGUUGGGAUAUGAGCCGAACAUUGCCGGAGUCAUCAACACAAUUGCCGGAGGUCCGACGGGAGGGGACAGUCAGAACUCCCGGAAGAGGACUUAUAGGCAGGCCAAUCCGGAUCAAGCCGAGUCGAGUUCUCGCCUGUCCGAGGUGAUCACCUACGGACCCAGUGACCCCGUCCCAGCUGCCUCUAGCAGUCAUGAAACUUUGGUGAUUGAAGUCCUCACCAACAACUACAUUGUGAAAAAGGUCUAUAUAGAUCCGGAAAGUUCAGUGGACGUCAUGUACCUCCGCACCUUCGAGAGCCUUAAGCUGGCCAGGGAGCACAUGACUCCGGUAAGAACCCCUCUGGUAGGGUUCGGGGGACACGUUGUACACCACGAGGGAAUGGUGACCCAGACGGUGACCGUGGGGCACCAUCCCCGCUGCCGAACUAUUCCAGUCAACUUCGUGGUGAUUAAGGCCGACUCUUCAUACAACUUACUCUUAGGUCGGCCUACCCUUAAUGCUCUGCGGGCGGUGUACUCGACCUAUCACCUCAGUUUUAAGUUUCCUACCCCCGCGGGAGUUGCCGAGGUCAGCAGCGACGUCUGCGCUGCUCGAGAGUGUUACCUCGCCACUCUACAAGCAGCCUCCCCAUCAACCUCCGGAACGAGGUCCGGGAAGAGGUCAGACAUCCUCUUAAUAGAUAGCAUCGACCCUCAGCGAGCUGAGAAGGUCCCGAGGCUGGAGACUGGGGAUGAGGUGGAAGAGUUUCCCCUAAACCCCACGAAGCCUGAUCAGACAGUUCGCGUCGGUACCCGACUGCCCGGUCCUGUCCAAAGAGGUAUGGUGGACCUCCUCAGAGAAUACCGGGACGUCUUUGCUUGGGCCGCCGAAGAGGUCCAAGGAGUCCCGCACCACCUCAUGAUGCAUGAGCUGAACGUCGACCCCCAAGCCCGUCCGGUCAAACAAAAGAGAAGGUACCUCGGCCCUGAGCGCAGCCGAGCUGUUGGUGAAGAAGUUGACAAGCUCUUACCCGCAAAAAUAAUCCGGGAAGUCCAGUACCCAACCUGGGUCUCCAACCCGGUCAUGGUCAAGAAGGACACGGGGGCUUGGAGAAUGUGUGUUGACUUCACCGACCUCAACAAGGCCUGUCCCAAGGACUGUUACCCAUUGCCCAAGGUCGAUACCUUAGUAGACUCGGCAAUGGGGUACGAGAUCCUCUGUUUUCUGGAUGCAUUCAAGGGUUAUCACCAAAUUGGUAUGAGCCAAGAAGACCAGGAGAAGACAGCCUUCUAUACUGACCGCGGCACGUACUGUUACACUACCAUGCCCUUCGGGCUGAAGAAUGCCGGAGCCACUUACCAACGCUUGGUCAACCAAGCCUUCAAGUCUCAGAUCGGCCGGAACGUGGAGGCCUAUGUAGAUGACAUCCUACUCAAAAGCCAAACGACCUCCGCUUUUCUGGCCGACCUGAAAAAAGUUCUUGAUAUUCUCCGGAAGACACGAAUGAUGCUGAACCCCAAGAAGUGCGUCUUUGGGGUCACCUCGGAAAAAUUCCUCGGCUACCUCGUCUCAAGGCGGGGAAUAGAAGCGAAUCCGGAUAAGUGUCAGCAGGCGUUUGAACAACUGAAGGAUUACCUUCACCACCUUCCAACGUUCACCUCACCUCGUCCAGGGGACAAAUUGAUCCUAUACCUUUCCGCCGCGGUCGAAGCCGUGAGUGCCGUGCUGAUAAGGGAGGAAGGAGUCCAGAUCCCUGUUUACUACGUUAGCCGAGUCCUCCGAGGUCCGGAGACGAGGUACACCCAAGCGGAGAAACUUGUGCUGGCCCUGAUUCAUGCAGCCCGCCGACUCAAGCCCUAUUUUCUAGCUCACCACAUUUGCUUGAGGACUGAUCAACCACUCCGGCAGAUCUUGACACGACCUGAGGCUUCGGGACGUCUUACCAAAUGGGCCAUUGAGCUGGGGGAGUACGACCUCUCUUAUGAACCCCGCACAGCCAUCAAGGCCCAGGCUCUCGCGGACUUUUUAGCCGAGCUCACCUUUGACGAGAUUCUACACGUGGACGGGUCAUCCAACGGUGAGGGUAGUGGGGCAGGCCUGCUCCUCGAAGACCCUCAAGGAGAUGUGUAUUCAUACGCCCUGAGGUUCAACUUCGCUGCCUCCAACAAUGAAGCCGAAUACGAGGCUGUUAUAGCUGGUCUGCAGUUAGCCCGCAAGCUCGAGGCCUCACACAUUUUGGUGUACAGCGACUCCCAACUCAUCGUGUGCCAAAUAUUAGGCGAAUACGAGGCCAGAGACGAAGUGAUGCAUCGCUAUCUCUCUAAGGUCCACCAGCUAAUAGCACACUUCGAGUCCUUCGAAAUCCAAAGGAUACCACGGUCACAGAACCGGAGGGCUGACGCUCUCUCCCGGCUCGCGUCUACUUCUUUUGCCGACCUAAACAAGACGGUUCUCGUAGAAGUCUUAACCGAGCCGGGGUAUGAAGGAGAGGUCGUGUACCCCAUCUAUUCCGGGGACACCUGGAUGGGGCCCUUAACUCGAUUACUCAGCCAUGGAGAGCUCCCUGAGGACCGAGCUGAAGCACGAAAGCUUCAGCGAAAAGCAGCUCGGUACACCCUCCGCGAAGGCCUUCUCUACAAGAGGUCUUACCUCGGCCCCUGGCUGCGAUGUAUCACCCCGGAGGAAGGCGAGAGAAUCCUCCAGGACAUUCAUGAGGGACUCUGUGGUGCCCACGUCGGCUUUAGGAUGCUUGUGAAGAAAGCCUUGCUGCUUGGGUACUUCUGGCCCACCAUGAGGAUAGAUGCCCAGGUCAUGGUACUUUGUUGCCCUUCCUGCCAGCACCACGCCCCUGAGCACCACCAGCCGACCAACCUCAUGAUACCCAUCACCUCGCCGUGGCCAUUCGAGCAAUGGGGAACUGAUAUAAUCGGUCCAUUCCCCAGGGCUCCAGGCAACUAUGCUUACGUGGUGAACGUGGUCUGUCGCUUCGGCCUGCCCCGAGUGGUCAUCUCGGAUAAUGGUAGGCAGUUCGCCGAUAACCCUUUCAAAACAUGGUGCAAAAACCUGGGAAUCAAGCAGCACUUCACCUCGGUUGGACACCCUCAAGCAAAUGGACAAGCUGAAAAUUUCAACCGAACUCUCCUCCACGGCCUCAAAACCAGGCUCCACCGGGCUGGAUCGUCGUGGAUAGAAGAACUCUCCAGUGUGCUGUGGUCCUAUCGAACCACCCCGAGGUCAGCAACUCAAGAGACCCCGUUCUCUCUAACCUAUGGGUCCGAAUCUGUAGUCCCUGCCGAGUUUAUCACCCCAAGUCCACGAAUGGCCGCGUACGCCGCCGAAGUCAAUGAAGAAGAACGGCGAGUUGACCUCGACCUCGCCGAGGAAAAGCGUGAUAUGGCCGCGGCCAAAAUUGCUAUUUAUAAAAAUAUCCUAACUGGCUACUACAACGCCCGGGUCAAACAUUUGCGGUUCAAUCCGGGAGAACUCGUGUUUCGGAAAAACUCGGUCAGCCGAGUUGAGGCUCAGGGCAAACUGACCCCGAAGUGGGAGGGACCUUAUCGUGUUGUUGAGUCCAGCCAAAAUGGAUAUUGUAAGUUAGCUUAUCGAGACGGUUCUCGAGUGCCUCGGACUUGGCAUGCUGAGAAUCUUAAGUUGUAUUACCCUUGA